GCGUCUGGUUUCCAUAACAACGACUGAACCCUGGCCCACGUCAUUGGUUAAGCACGAACCCUCUUUCUUUGAACGUAGCAUUGUGAACCAGACAUACACUCUUCGCGAAUUUCAUCCUCCGCAGUAGCGCCAUAGCAUACUAACAAUACAGCCACCAUGCCGCCGAAGCGCAAGUCUACUGGUCCACGUCCGGUCUCGUCACGGCAGUCAUCGCAACAGCCACAACUCUCCUUCCAUGGCAAGCAGAACCGCGUGACGAAGCCUUCGGCCGCACAGCAAACGAAGGCGUCGAAGAAGGAUCCAGCUCGACAAAACGAGCUCGCUCAAAAGGAUGCGAAGACAGAAGCGGAGCCGGAAGAUGAACCAACAACAGCCGACAUUGUAAUCGAGCAGCAAGCAGAGGAGGAACUCCAAGACGCACACCCAGACCCGCUACAACACAGCGCGACUGUCAAGGCCGAAGACGUCCUCGGCGGUCGCGCCGCACAAAGCGAAGUCGGAGCGACAGGAGGCGCAAUAGGCACGGGCUGGGUCGCAGACGAAGAAGAGCAAGCGCGCAAAAUCUCCGAGACGCAGAUUAAGCGUUAUUGGCGGGAGAAGGAGAGCGUUCGACUGGCGCCGCGGGUCCAUCAGGAGGGGUUGAGCGUGCAUGAGAAGGUUUUGAGGGAGUUUGAUAUGACGGGGCAUUAUGGGCCAUGCAUAGGUAUUGCGAGACUGAAGCGGUGGAAGCGGGCGAACGUGCUGGGUUUAAAGCCGCCGAUCGAGGUGUUGGCGGUCAUGCUGAAGGAGAUGGAGGAGGGGAAUGCGAAGGCGCAGAGGGCGCAUGUGGAUGAGUUGAUGAGCUCGCGGUUUAUUGAGACGUAGGGUGCGGUAGCUACACGGACUGUUCUGCUUUGCAGAGUACUUGCUUGAGCAUGGCGUUGUUGGCUAGUGGGAGGGGGACGGGUCUGAGACAUAGGAUGAGGGAUGGCGAUGCACAUGGCUCGAUUACCGACCAACACCUCGUCUCUCGAACUGUAUUCGUAUUCGGAGCGGAUGUCGCGUCUCAACCUGCAAUCUCCGUGUCGGCCAUAGCACUUUGUGCGGAUAUAGAGUUCCACACAGCCACCAAACGCCGGGGGACAUGGAUUUGUCCAAUUGCGAGUAGAAUGAAACUAAGUCUGCGGCAAAGACACUAAAUUCUAUAUCUUGAACGUCAAAUUAGGUAUAAGAUAUAAAGUUAGGUAAAGGAUAUAUAAUUUUAUAUAUAGGAU